ACCGCGCAUCCGCGCAUGUUGAGUGUUGAGUUGAGUCAGUUGUAGCGAGUGAUUAUGGAGUGAGGCAAUGUUUGUUUACAUUCGCGCAUGCAUGUGACAGCAUUGUGUUUACAUCGCUUACAUUCUUCCCCAGAAGGAUUUUUGUUUAAAAUUCGUGCAAGUUUAUUUGACUGUCGUCUGCGACCGGUUGAUUUUCGUUAGCUCGCGAACACACAAAAAACACUCGGUGGAAUGGCGUUUCACUGAGCUCCAUGGUAUUUGUUCUACUUUAACCCCUUCGUCACAGUAAUUCGAAAUACGACUGCCAUGGGAAGUGAGCAAGAGGACGGUAGUUCAGUUUCUGUUCCCGAUCAGUUAAAUGGUAAUACGGUUGAGGAAUCUAUCGUUUCCACCGUCCAGCAGCUUUCAUCUGCACUCUUGGACACAAGCUGCAACAUACAGAACUUAGAUCAGAAGCUCCACAAGUAUCAUGAAGAGCAGAAUGCAGAAGUUCGGAAGUUUUUCUGCUUACAGCUGAAGGAGGACAUUAUUGCCUGCAAGGAGCAGAUUAGCAGUGGAAGCUUCCAAGUUAAACCUGAACAGCAACCGGGUGGCAGUGUUUCAUUACAGCCUUGGCAUAUGAGCUCUGAACCGCAAACAAGCACAUGGAAAAUGCUACGAGAUAAAGAACAGACCAUCAUUGACCUGGAACGAAGAAACCAGAAUCUACAUGCAAAAUAUAACUCAGCCCUUGACAAGUUGAAAACUAAAUGCAGCAACCUAUCUCAUCAACUUACGGAAAGUGCUCAACUCUUGGCUGAAAAAGAGAAACGAGUUGUAGUCCUUGAAGGAAAGCUCAGCUUCUCUGAACAACUGGUUGAAGAGCACAAACGAGAAAUUGCCCAGCUUGAGCGACAAGCCAUACGCACCGAAGAGGAGCUGAAGAAGCAGCUCGCUAAGGCGGAGGGUAAAGUUGAGGUGUUGGAACAGGAACUUUUCUCACAGAAAUCAAAACAUUCCAAAGAACGCAACACUCAAGAUACCGAACUCAGGCAACUGCAGCUGGAGCUACAUUCCUGGCAGGAGAAACACAGCCGGGAGAGACAGAAAACGUCACAGUUAUCCGAGGAAGUGUCCCGACUUGAAGCCGAUCUUCAAAGGAGCCAAGACCUUGAGAGCACAAAGGUAGAGGAAGAACACAACUUGACCGUUGCAAAAUGCAAGGCAAAGGAAGAGGAGCUAUCCGAAAUGACAUCCAGAUACAAUAAUUUAAAGAAGGAGUGUUCCUCCUUAAGGAAGAAACUUGCACAGGUGGAGCAUUCCGACGACAUUUCACAGCUAACAAAGUCACGUGAAUACGAAAGGUUGAAGCUUCAGAAGAGAGACAUAGAAGAAGUCUGUCUUAGUUUUGACAGAAGACUUCAAAAGCAGGCAUUAAUCCAGAAGAAACUAGAAGACAAGGUGAAGGAUUGUGAAAAGCAGAUAUCGAGCAUGACAAAGUCAAACCAGCAGAAGGAGAAAGCGUAUCAGGACUUAGCGCAAUACAUGAAUGAGAAAGUAGACCUGCUAGUAGGCCUGCUGUCAAUACGAUCUUCAGACACGUUUAAGGCACUGUUUACUUCUGAGACAGUGGAAAGACAACCUGCAAAAAUUCUAGUGGCAGAGAUGAAGGGUAAACUCUAUUGGGUGAUACAGGAAGUGCGUGGCCUCUGCCUUCUAGAGCUGGAGCUCAAAGCGAAGACAUCUAGGUCGACUGAAUCCCUGAUCAACAAAGUGCGCAAGGGUACAGGGAAAAAGUCGUCACCCUUCUAACGUUCCAAGGCAUCUGAACAUACUACAACAUCCUGUGAUAUUUUGCUACAUUUUUAAAUAUACUUUUAGGUUUACAGAUGUGGUGUUGCUGGUUAUUAGCAACUGCAGUUGGAGUCGGCGAUGUGCCAUUCCUAGUAGUACAAAUAAUUCGAUUGGCGGCUCAUUGCGUUGUGAUGUUCAAAUUGCAUUUGUUCAUGAAAACCUUUUUUUGUAUUUUUCCCUUUCCUCCAAAGAGUUCUCCCCUGGGAGGAGUGAUAUACAAGGUUUCAUCUCUGUCAAUGCGAGUUAUGUGUCCCGUAUCUUUGGAAAGCCCUACUUAAUCAAUACGUGGACUGAGAUUACGCGCAAAACCUGCUCUGUACUAAAUAAAUAUGUAUAUUUAUCUAU